AUGAAUGCUAAAUCCUUACUUCCUUAGGAAACUGAAGACUCUUCUGCUACAGGCUUCAUGAGUACAGGUGCGACUAAUGGCAGCCAUUCCUCCUCUGCCAAUAGCAAGGGAAAGAAGACGGGUAAGCCUAAGCCAGUCGGCAUCACUUCGAAGAGAGCUGCUGCUCUUGAGGCAGCAGAAGAGGCUGCCGGUAUGAUUCCAUUGCAGAUCAACAAUUUAAAAGAAACAAGAGCCCUGGAUGAAAAGAAACGUAAAGUAGGUUCUUACUCAAGUCAUUUUACUUUUUUCCUAAUUUUUUUUACCCAUCGUUUUAUCUUUCAUUUUAAUUUAAAGAGAAAUUAUUCGUGA